AUGUAUAUUAUAGCAUUUUAUUUAGGUUUAAUAGCUGGUAAAGAGUUAGAAAGAGAGACUAAAUUCGUUGCGGCGACGCUCAUUGUCUGGUUGGCGUCGAUGUUUGUUAUGGUGUCACCUUAUAAGAAUCCAUACUACGCAGACGGACGAUCUGUGAAUGUGCAUCUCUUCGAGUGGAAGUGGGACGAUAUUGCGGAUGAGUGUGAGCGAUUUCUGGCACCUAAGGGAUAUGGCGGCAUACAGAUUUCACCUCCAAAUGAAAACGUGAUACUAUGGACGUAUAACCGACCGUGGUGGGAACGCUACCAACCGAUGUCAUACAAGCUAGUGACACGGUCAGGAGACGAGCGCCAGUUCGCUGACAUGCUGCGACGGUGCAAUGCUGCUGGAGUUAGGAUAUAUGUGGAUGCGGUAAUCAACCACAUGACCGGUGAGCCUCCAGAGAAUGUGGGUACUGCUGGCAGUACAGCAGUAUUCAGGGAGUGGUACUAUCCAGCAGUUCCUUUCACAAGGGAGCACUUCAACUGGCCACAUUGCAUCAUCGAUGGUAUGGAUUACGUGAACAACGCAUUUAGGGUGCGAAACUGUGAGCUUGUUGGAUUAAAGGAUUUGAAUCAAUCUGAUGAGCAUGUUCGGAAUAUGAUAGUAGAUUUCAUGAACGAACUGAUCGACUUGGGUGUUGCUGGAUUUAGAAUCGAUGCAGCUAAACAUAUGUGGCCAGAAGAUCUUAGAGUCAUUUACGAUCGUCUUCAUAACUUGAAUACUGCUCACGGAUUCCCUGAGAAUGCGCGGCCUUAUAUUUAUCAAGAGGUCAUUGACUACGGUGGUGAAGCUAUCAGCAGAGAUGAAUAUACUCCUAUCGGUGCUGUUACAGAGUUCAAAGUAGGCUUAGAACUGAGCAAUGCCUUUAGAGGGAACAACCAACUUAGGUGGUUAGUGACAUGGGGUCCGCAGUGGGGUCUGUUACCACAUGAGGAUGCUUUGACAUUCAUUGAUAACCAUGAUAAUGAGAGAGGCCAUGGCGGCGGUGGGGGAAUCCUUACAUACAAAGAAGCAAGACCUUACAAAGCAGCAAUCGCAUUCUUACUUGCUCAUCCAUACGGUGAACCGCAAAUUAUGAGCAGCUACUGGUUUCUCGAUUCAGAAAUUGGUCCACCAAUGGAUGCUCAAGGCAACAUAAUUUCUCCUUCUAUCAAUUCGGAUGACUCUUGUGGUAAUGGUUGGAUAUGCCAGCAUCGUUGGAGGCAGAUCUAUGCCAUGGUUGCAUUCAGGAAAGCGGCGGCCGGCACCGGCCUCAAUGACUGGUGGGAUAACGGCGCUAAUCAAAUAGCCUUCUGCCGUGGUGGCAGCGCUUUCAUAGCCAUCAACAAUGAUUACUGGAGCCUGAAUCAAAACUUACAGACUUGUCUCCCAGCCGGUACAUACUGCGAUGUGAUAUCGGGUAACAAAGUCAACAACUCUUGUCAGGGCAAAUCUGUCACGGUUGGCAACGAUGGCCGAGCGAAUAUUUUCAUAGGCGCUUCUGAAUUUGAUAUAAUGUUGGCCAUACAUGUUGGACCAGAGAGUCGACUCUAGAACUCGUUUUCAUGGAUCGUAAGAAAUUAU